AUGGCCCUGCGUCUUGUGCCACCCCAGCCCAGCGACCAACAACAGGACUCUGCUUCCGAUCCAGGAGACUCUCCUGAGCCUUGCUUCGACGACACCUCGUCAGUCUGCUCCCAGUCUUCGGCCUCGCAUCCGCCGUGCUCUGCUGCCGGGCCCGUAGGUGGACAUGACUUCUUCCUCCAGCACCACCAGCACCACCACAACCAUCGCAACCACCGCAACCACCACCACCACCACCAACAUGACAGCAUCUGCAUAACGCCCCAAGACAUGGCCAUCCUCAAGGUCAUCGGCAGCAGCGAGUCCUGCCUCGUCAACUGCCAGAGCCAGGAUCACCACGGCACCAAGCGCCUUCCCGCCGGAACCAAGCCCGUCAAGCUGGUCGGAGAGGGCUCAGCUAAUGCCGUCUUUGAAAUCAAGGUUCCGCAGCGUGACCGCGCCGGCUGGGACUUCAAAGGUCUUCUUCUGAGAGUUGCCAAGGUUCCGUCACUCGGUGCUCCGCCAACCUACAACUACCUGCUGCAGCAAAAGUUCCUCCAGACCGCCAUCAAGCCGAUACUGGGCGACCACGUCGUGCAUCAAGAACUUGUGGUGCUUCACAAGUCGGGCAUUGUCCGGGAACUCAACAGCCUGUUGCGCGACAUCAACCCCUCCCGCAAAGACAAGUUCAAAGGCACCUUUGUCGGCGAGACAGAAUGGGGGUUUCUGGUCGAGGACAUGCGGCCGCAAGAUUCAGACACUUGUGUCCUCGUCGAGUUCAAGCCUAAGUGGCUGUCGCAGUCCCCGAGCGCGCCAAAGGAUGCCGUCAGGUGUAGGCAAUGCGCCAUGGAGCUCAGAAACCUCGUCAAAGACCUGUCCAAAAACAAGGCCAGUCCAGAGACGAAGCCUUGCCCUCUGGCGCUCAUGAGCCCCGACUGCCCGUGGCAGGUUUCCUGCCCUUUCCGAAUAGCUCCCCAUCUUGCCGACAAGGGAAACCACGAGUUCUACCUAGAAGCGCUGAGACGCGUCAUUAACCACCCCGCCAUCCAUGAGUUGAAAGCACAGCAAGAUGCACAUGACACGCUUGGGCCGCUGCACGCAAUGCCGUCGGAUCCGUUCUUUGCCCUUGCCAUGACGCUGCGAGACUGUACUUGCUUUGCUCAAAUAGACAAGAAUUCUCAAUCGGUCCGCAUUCGUCUCAGCGACUUUGACUGGAAGGAUCCCCAGGUCAAGUUCGAGAGGUGGAGGAGCGUGGAGGAGGAGCUCGUCAAGAGCGGGUUUUACACGGCGGAACGGAUAUUUUGCGACAGUUCCUUCUACCGACCGCCGACCCUGUGUCUCCUCGAACACGGGCCUGCAGCAUCAACGAAACAGCCCGAAGUCAUUGAGAUCGUGGACCGCAGGUGUGCACCUAGUCACGGUGGCUGCUCGAAUGAGCUGCAGCUGCAGGCUCCAAAGGGAACCAAGACGUACACCUACUCGACGCAUGUCAGUCCGUUGAAACAACUCUUGGAGCCAUACAAACUCCAGGCGCCCAGCCAGAUCAAGUACGAGGCGUGA